CAGAACAAUGAUUAUAAUUUUACUUCAUUUGCUUUCAUUUUCCACAGCUUUCUAGCAGGUCUUCCGCUUCUCCAGUCAUAAAACUGAUCAACUGAAUUCACAGCAAAAACUGAGUUUUAGCACAUUUUUAUUCUUCAGAGCAAACAGACAAACAGUAAAACAAGAAAGAAAAAAACAGUCUUACAGAUGGACAACCAAGACAAGGGAGGAGGUGCCGGGGAAGGAGAGAAUACAGAAAAACAGAAAGCUAAGGAGGUUGGUGAUGAAGACAAGCAGACCAAAGACAAGCACAACAAGCUGGCAAAGGAGAGCGGUGAGAAAGAGCCGAGCAGAGAGGCCAGAAGGGAGAAGCGUCGCAGUCAGUGGAGGAGUGGCUGGGCUCUGACCGAACGCCUAGCCAUCAACGUGUCAGGGAUGCGUUACGAGACCCAGCUCCGCACCCUCGCUCAGUUUCCCGACUCCCUGCUAGGCGACCCCCAACGUCGACUUCGUUACUUUGACCCCGUUAGGAAUGAACUCUUCCUCGACAGGAGCCGUGUUUGCUUUGAUGCCAUCCUUUACUUCUACCAGUCAGGUGGGAGGCUGCGAAGGCCCGCCAACGUCCCCCUGGACAUAUUCAUGGAGGAGCUGCGGUUCUAUGAGCUAGGAGAGGAGAUCAUGGAUCGCUUCAAGGAGGACGAAGGCUUCUCCAAGGAGGAGGAGAGACCCUUACCCACCAAUGAGUUACAGCGUCGCCUCUGGAUGCUGUUUGAGUAUCCUGAGUCCUCCAGUGGCGCUCGGAUCAUCGCCAUCAUCAGCGUCAUGGUCAUUGUGGUCUCCAUUCUCAUCUUCUGCCUGGAAACUCUGCCUGAGUUCAGGCAUGAGAAGGAACAGAGGGAGCGAUACACCACCAUACCUCACCCCACCAUAGCAAAUGAGACCAUCUCGAUCCCACCUGGCUUCAAUCCCUUCCAGGACCCCUUCUUCAUCGUGGAGACGAUCUGCAUCUUCUGGUUCUCCUUUGAACUCAUCAUGCGCUUCACUUGCUCUCCAAGCAAGCUGCACUUCUUCAAAGACGUCAUGAACACCAUCGACUUUUUCGCCAUCAUUCCCUAUUUUGUCACGCUCGGCACGGAGCUGGCCAAGGACAAAGGCGCCCAACCAACUGUGUCUCUGGCUCUCAUCAGGGUCAUCAGGCUGGUGAGGGUCUUCAGGAUCUUCAAGCUUUCUCGUCACUCCAAGGGCCUCCAAAUCCUGGGCCAGACCCUGAAGGCCAGCCUCAGAGAGCUAGCCCUGCUCAUCUUCUUCCUCUUCAUCGGCGUCAUAAUCUUCUCUAGUGCUGUCUACUUUGCAGAGGUAGACAGACCUAAGACAUCAUUCACCAGCAUCCCUGAGGCUUUCUGGUGGGCAGUGGUAUCCAUGACGACGGUCGGAUAUGGGGACAUGUACCCAGAAACAGUUGGGGGAAAGCUGGUGGGAUCCAUGUGUGCCAUUGCCGGCGUGCUCACCAUCUCUUUGCCCGUGCCGGUCAUUGUGUCCAACUUCAGUUAUUUCUACCACCGAGAGAUGGAGUGUGAGGACACCACAGAAUACCAGCACGUCUCCAUGUCACUCUGGGAUAAGGACCAAGAGGACGACGAAGAGGAGGAAGACAAGGACGGGAUGGAUGAAGGAGCUGAAAACAUGGGAGAUAGUCUACCCUUGUACGGGCAGAACAGCAGGCCCCUCUGCUCUCCUCUCAAUGGGACACUUCUGACAGGACUCUGUGUAGGACAGGAGGCUGGUGAUCAGAGUGGAGUCAACUCAUACCUCAAAGAACCUCUGGUCACUCAGGUCUGACAGAGAGCCAACAGACGGAGUGUGUUCAGAUUUACACUCAAACACUGCUUCACAUCAAGAAAAGGAGAAUCCAGCAAUGGACAGAUACUGUUAAAAUAACACAAGAGAAAACAUAUAGUAUCUACACCAAGACUUGCACCAACACAAGCCUCUGUUUCUAGCUCUCAUGUGAUCUAGGUUUUUAUAUUUGCAACUUGCAUGAAUGUUUUUGAUUCAGAUUUUCUCAUAUGUUUCAAAACCCCUGCAGACAAAACUUAAAGCAGUUUUUUAGAAGUUCAGACUCCUAAUAAAACAAAACAAAAACAAAAAAAACAAACAAACAAAAAACUCGUAUCCUGCUGGAAAAAUAUAAAAUAUUUCACCUGCUGCACAAUAGAGUAGAGUUUACCUUCUCAAGUGGCAGCUCUGUUUCUUGAACUGCUUACAGCAAAUACGGCAGCCAGAGAUGGCAAACUAUUUCAUGUUGCUCGUU